AGCGGCACGGCCUGGCGGGGAGGCGCGGCGCCAAGAUGGCGGCGGCGGCGGGCUGUGCGUGAGCCUCCCUCGGCCCUCCCGGCCCAGGGCGGGCGGCGGGCCCGGGCGGCGCCGCGCCGAGCCCAGCCGGCAUGUGCGAGACCUACUCGCGGUGGCUGCUGCGGGUGUCGGUGGCGCAGAUUUGUCAGGCGUUGGGUUGGGAUUCGGUGCAGGUUUCGGCCUGCGACCUCCUCACCGACGUGCUGCAGCGGUACCUGCAGGGGCUGGGCCGGGGCUGCCACCGUUACUGCGAGCUCUAUGGCCGCACAGAUCCCAUUUUGGAUGAUGUAGGCGAUGCCUUCAAGCUUAUGGGGGUUAACCUGCAUGAGCUAGAAGAUUACAUACACAAUAUUGAACCUGUCACUUUCGCACAUCAAAUCCCUUCGUUUCCCGUCAGCAAGAACAAUGUCCUGCAGUUUCCCCAGCCAGGAAGUAAAGAUGCGGAAGAAAGGAAGGAGUACAUCCCUGAUUAUAUGCCACCUAUUGUCUCCUCUCAAGAAGAAGAGGAAGAGGAACAGGUGCCUACCGAUGGAGGUACAUCUGCAGAGGCCAUGCAGGUGCCACUGGAAGAAGAAGGAGAUAUGGAAGAGGAUGAGGCAAUUAAUGAUGAGAACUACUUGAGCAAGAGACCGUUAGAAAGUCCUGAUGCUGAGGAUUUUCCACCUGUAAAACGGCCAAAACUCUCGGUUUCCAAAGGGGACACCUUGGACGGAGCUUUGGAACCACGUGAGCCUCUUAGCUCAAUAAAUACUCAAAAAGUACCACCAAUGCUUUCUCCAGUUCAUGUUCAGGACAGUACAGACUUAGCCCCUCCUUCUCCAGAACCACCAAUGUUGGCUCCCAUCGCAAAAUCGCAAGUGCCAACCCCCAAAACUUUAGAGGCAAAGCCGUUUGUGCCCAAAACAAAAUCCAAAACAAGUUCUCCAGGACAGAAGACGAAAUCACCUAAAACUACGCCCUCACCAGUGGUAACUGGGAGUCCCAUACGUUCACCAAAAACUGGAUCCAAAGAAAAAAAGUCACCAGGUCGCGCCAAGAGCCCAAAAAGUCCUAAAAGUCCAAAGGUUCCUGCUCAUGUUCCCCAACCACCUGUCAAGCCUGAAACACCAAGUAGAACCCCUCUGGCUGCAUUAAGUGACAAGAUAGGAAAGGAAAACAUUCAAGUAAAACAAGGGCAGACGCCACCUGAGCCUGCCACCAAGCCAAAUAUUGAAAACCAGACUAAGAAAGUACUGGUAAUGGACAAGACCAUUGAUGACUCCAUUGAUGCUGUGAUUGCUCGUGCAUGUGCAGAACGAGAACCGGAUCCCUUUGAGUUUUCCUCUGGUUCCGAAUCAGAAGGGGAAAUUUUUACCAGCCCUAAAAGACUUUCUAUUUCAGAGACUACAACCCCUAAACCUUCUGUUUCUGCCAAUAAUGCGAAUAAGGCAGGAGCAACUCCAAUACCUCCCUCAGGUGGGACUUCAAGUUCAGACAUUUCAUGGACAAUGGAUGACUCGAUUGAUGAAGUCAUUCGAAAGGCAAACAUGGGGACACCUUCCAAUCCACCUACCAACUUCACUUAUUUCUCCUCACCUUCUGCUUCACCGCCAACUCCAGAACCUCUUCUCAAAGUCUAUGAGGAGAAAACCAAGUUGGCUUCAUCAGUAGAAGUGAAAAAGAAGUUGAAAAAGGAGCUGAAGACAAAAAUGAAGAAGAAAGAAAAACAAAAGGAAAAAGAUAAAGAGAAAAACAAGGAGAAGAACAAGGAGAAGGAAAAGAACAAGGAGAAGGAUAAAGACAAGGAAGGAAACAAGGAAGCAAAAUUUCAGUGGAAGGAACUACUCAAAGAGGAUGAUCUUGAUCCCUAUAAAUUCAAACUAAAGGACUUUGAGGAUGCUGACACAAAAGUAAAGUUGAAAGAUGGCAAUAUCAAAAAAGAGAGAGAAAAACACAAAGAUAAAAAGAAAGAGAAAGAGAAAGGUAAAAAAGACAAGGAUAAGAAAGACAAAGAGAAACUUAAAGAUAAGGGUAAGGAAGAUAAGAUAAAGGUUCCAUCAGCACCUCUUGUGUUACCUCCCAAAGAAAUGUCUUUGCCCUUGUUCAGCACACCAACUGCCAUGAGGCUUCCCAGCAUGUUACCUUCCUUGUCUCCAAUGCUUCCUGAAAAACUGUUUGAGGACAAAGAGAAACCAAAAGAGAAGAAGAAAGACAAAAAGGAGAAGAAGAAAAAGAAAGAAAGGGAGAAGGACAAAGAAAAGGAAAAGAAGGAGAAGGAAAAGGAGAGGAAAGAACGAGAGAAGAAAGAGAAAGAAAAAGAGAAACACAAACACGAAAAGAUAAAGGUGGAACCAGUUGUUCCAGCUCCAUCACCGGUUAUUCCUCGGCUGACAUUAAGAGUGGGUGCAGGCCAAGACAAGAUAGUCAUCAGCAAAGUGGUGCCAGCUCCAGAGGCCAAACCUUCCACUCCUGUGAGCCGGCCCAAAACACCUCCACCUGUGCCGUCACCAGUACCAGCUCCCGUUCACGUCACCCCUCCUCCAGCCCCAGCUCCUCCUCCUCCACAGGCUACCGUCUCGCCAGUCCUGAUCCCACCGCCCUCUCCAGCCGUCUCGGCAGCAGGAGGCUCCAAAGCUCCGGUUAGGAGCGUGGUGACCGAGACCGUCAGUACUUACGUGAUCCGAGACGAGUGGGGUAACCAGAUCUGGAUCUGUCCUGGCUGUAACAAGCCAGAUGAUGGCAGUCCAAUGAUAGGUUGUGAUGACUGCGAUGAUUGGUAUCACUGGCCUUGCGUUGGGAUUACGACCGCACCCCCGGAAGAGAUACAGUGGUUCUGCUCCAAGUGUGCUAACAAAAAGAAAGAUAAAAAACACAAGAAGAGGAAGCACAGGGCACACUGAAGGCUUUGCAGCGGACUGAAGUCGUGCGGUCGCUGUGGCACCUUCUGCCCUGACUCCGUUGCGGGGGGGAUCCAGCCUGCUCGCGUCUCACCCUCCAUCACCGACCGUCAGGGUUGUGACUCUGGAGUGAAUCAGGGGCGAGGAGAUGCUCUCCGUCGGGGGCUGCUGCGUUUCGCAGACCGCCCGAGCCCAGGGGGUUGGAUUUUGGUACAUUCUGAUGGUGUCUUUCACCUACCGAGGGAAAUUUGCACAGAGCGAUACGAAGACUUUGGUAGUUCAUGGUACCGCUCCCGCUCCUGUGGCUCGGCAGCAACAAAAAUGAAUGUUGUAAAUACAGAUAUCUGUCCUAUUCUUUCUCGAUUUGUUAUUAAUCCCUCUCAAACCUUUGCAGUUAAGGUGCUGAGAGGAGGAGAAAAUGUAAAUUGCAGUAAGUCGCAAACUGAGGAGACCUGGAAUGAUUUCUGUAGUCUGGAUGCAGUUCAGCCUCUAAUCCUACUGAGCCAGAUAAUCAUAACAUGGAAAUAAAAAGUGGCUGGUAAAUAUUUUUGUGAUGAGAAUAUAUGAAGCUUUUUUCCUUGAUUUUUAGUACUAACAUAAAAUAAACAUGUUCAAGCUUUUGUGAUAUAUCUUCUAUUUUUUAAAAAAAAAAAAGGUUUCUAUUGUGUCCAUUUUUUUCUUCCGUGUGAAUUUAUUUCGGUGGACCUGUAAUAUAUUUUAUACUUUGGUUUUUGUUUUUUUUAGUCUUUGUCGGUGUACCUUUCCAUCGCUUGUACAUUUCAUUGGUGUGAAAAAACACUUCCCAUUAAAAGAUUUUCACACGUGUAAAUACCUGAUAUUUAUAAAGUACUUUUUUUUUUUUUAAUUAUUUUUUAGGGCUUGAGGAUUUUUACUUUGUUUGCCUGAGAAUACAGACCUAGCAGCUAUUAAAAGCCCGUGCGACUUACGCCUGUCCUUACGGCUUUAAGGGACCGGCGAGAUGCGCCCCAGCGGCGCACGCGCGAGCCGUCGGCCAGCACCGUAAUUCGGCCUCGAUUCAGAUACUUAAACAUGUGGCAACUGCUUAAGAAGUGAGUAAUCCUGUUGCCCGAGAGCUUAGGCCGGGGGGCUCUGCACUUUUGACGGUAGCUACAGUGUGUUAAUCUGUAGCUGGAAUUGGAACUUUUUUUUCUUUUUAUUUUUUUUAACAAGUGGUUGUGAGUUUGCCGAAAGGGUCGGGCUCGCCCUUACAUGGAGGAGAUGCAGAAUGGCGUCACGCCGAAGAUGCACGACUCUGCUUCGUGUAUCCCCUUGGAAAGACUAAUAAAGCAAAUACGUGUUGUCUUCCCCCUUGAAAAUGAGGGGGGAAAUUGGAGAGAAAAAAAAAAAACCAUUAGACAGUAUUGGCUAUUGUAGUGCAAUGGGUCUCGGAGCUGAAUGAAGCAUACGAAUGAAUGUGGGGGGGAAAAAUUACACCUUUGGUUUCCAAAGUGGUUCUAGACUUGAUUGGUUAAUUUGGGGACAUUUCUACUUGAAACCGUACACUGAGAAACAUCUGAUGUUUGAGAAUAUGGCCCUUUGACCUGUUGCACAGAUAUUAAGAGUUAUUUUUUAAAUGCAUCCAAAUUGAUAUUAAUGAGAAUGAAUUAGUCAUGUUUUUAAAAGUACCGGUCUAGUUAGGGAAAUGAGGCUUUGCUGAUAGAACUGUUAAAUUGCAAAUCAGUGGAGAUAUGGAUGAAAUUGGUUUAUUAAAAGUGCACUGUUACUUUCUUUGUUCAAUGCCACCUCAUUUAUAUUCUGUCCCUGCUAAUUGCCAGUCAAGAAAGUUCUUGGGUUUGAUUUUUAUUUUAUUUUAUUUGCAAUUGUUGGAUGUUGCAGACCUGAUUCUUGUUUUCUUUUCUACGUGUAAUGUGCAGACAUACAAAAACCACAGUCUUUGGUCAUUUCUGGUCGCAAUAAUAAAGAACUAGCUUUUGGUAA